CUUCCUUAUCCUUCCCCGUCCUCUCCUCUCGCCAUUCUUCCCAAUCCAGCAAAACCCAAGCGAAUCCCGCAAAUCUUCUAGGGUUUCCCAAUCUCUGCUGCUCUCAGCCAUGUCGACCACGACCUUCCCCACCUCGACCCCCUUCUUCGUCCACCACGGCAGCCGGCGCCCCUCCCUCAACGUCCGGACGGCGGCGGCGGUGUACGGGCGCGGGGGCCGGCGGUGGCGGCCACUGCGGGUCACCUGCGAGAAGGUGGUCGGGAUCGACCUCGGGACCACCAACUCCGCCGUCGCGGCGAUGGAGGGCGGCAAGCCCACAAUCGUCACCAACGCCGAGGGGGCGCGGACCACGCCGUCGGUCGUGGCCUACACCAAGGCCGGGGACCGGCUGGUGGGGCAGAUCGCCAAGAGGCAGGCGGUGGUCAACCCAGAGAACACCUUCUUCUCCGUCAAGCGGUUCAUCGGCCGAAAGAUGAACGAGGUCGCGGAGGAGUCAAAGCAGGUGUCCUACCGCAUCGUUAGGGACGACAACGGCAACGUCAAGCUCGAUUGUCCAGCUAUCGGCAAGCAAUUCGCUGCCGAGGAGAUCUCUGCGCAGGUUUUGAGAAAGCUGGUUGAUGAUGCGUCGAAGUUUUUAAAUGACAAAGUCACCAAGGCUGUGAUCACUGUCCCUGCUUACUUCAACGACUCGCAGAGGACAGCUACAAAAGAUGCUGGCCGCAUUGCUGGGCUGGAUGUUCUCCGUAUCAUAAAUGAGCCUACUGCAGCGUCGUUAGCAUAUGGUUUUGAAAAAAAGAACAAUGAGACAAUUCUGGUUUUUGACCUCGGAGGAGGCACCUUUGAUGUUUCAGUUCUUGAGGUUGGUGAUGGUGUUUUUGAGGUGCUGUCUACUUCUGGUGACACCCAUCUUGGGGGCGAUGACUUUGACAAGAGAAUUGUUGAUUGGUUGGCUGGGAGCUUCAAAAACGAUGAGGGUAUUGAGCUGCUGAAAGACAAGCAAGCUCUUCAGCGACUUACAGAAGCAGCUGAGAAGGCAAAAAUGGAGUUAUCAUCAUUGACCCAAACAAAUAUUAGCUUACCUUUCAUAACAGCUACUGCUGACGGGCCCAAGCACAUUGAGACAACAAUUACCAGGGGCAAAUUUGAGGAGCUAUGCUCAGAUCUUCUUGACAGGCUGAGGACACCUGUCGACAACUCUCUUAGAGAUGCGAAGCUGUCACUUAAAGAAAUAGAUGAGGUGAUUCUUGUGGGUGGUUCCACCAGAAUUCCAGCUGUUCAGGAGCUUGUGAAGAAAAUGACUGGAAAGGACCCGAAUGUGACAGUCAACCCUGAUGAGGUUGUUGCCCUUGGAGCAGCUGUGCAGGCAGGAGUAUUGUCGGGCGAUGUGAGCGAUAUUGUGCUUCUCGAUGUCACGCCACUGUCUAUAGGUUUGGAGACACUGGGUGGGGUGAUGACCAAGAUUAUCCCAAGGAACACAACGCUGCCCACCUCGAAGUCAGAGGUCUUCUCGACUGCUGCUGAUGGACAGACAAGUGUGGAGAUUAAUGUUCUCCAAGGAGAAAGAGAGUUUGUCAGGGACAACAAAUCUCUUGGUAGCUUCCGGCUUGAUGGAAUUCCUCCUGCUCCACGUGGUGUUCCACAAAUUGAAGUCAAGUUUGAUAUUGAUGCCAACGGUAUCCUGUCUGUUGCUGCUGUGGACAAAGGCACUGGAAAGAAGCAGGACAUCACUAUCACCGGAGCCAGCACAUUGCCGAAGGAUGAGGUAGAAAAGAUGGUUGAAGAAGCUGAGAAGUUCGCCUCGGAGGACAAAGAGAAGAGAGACGCAAUCGACACCAAGAACCAGGCAGAGUCUGUCAUCUACCAGACUGAGAAACAACUGAAGGAGCUCGGCGACAAGGUCCCAGCUGAUGUCAAGGGGAAGGUCGAGGGGAAACUUAAGGAACUCCAGGACGCAGUUGCUGGUGGAUCAACCCAGACCAUAAAGGAUGCACUGGCUGCACUGAACCAAGAAGUGAUGCAGCUUGGCCAGUCCCUUUACCAGCAGCAGGGCGCCCCCGGAGCAGGCCCUACUCCUGGAGCUGAUGGCGCUGCUGAUUCUGCAGCUUCAUCUGAGAAGCCAGGAGAUGAUGGUGACGUUAUAGAUGCUGAUUUUACCGACAGCAAAUGAAUAGAACAGUAGGCAGGUCGGAACAUCUCUCAAGAAUUUGUUCCACAUGUUCGCGUAGGAUUUGGGGUGUAACUUUUUGUUAGAUUGUCACCUUGUUUCCUAUCGGGCUGUUGGUGGAGUUUUUUGUGGUGGUUGAGUUGAGCUUGGGAGAGUUCGGUUUCACUUCAUAUAGGUAGAUGGCUUUGCUUACAUAUAUAAAAGCGUCUGGGAAUUUUCUCCAUUUUUCUGCAUUAGCAUACGGCAGUCUACCCUCCGGAUUGUUCCUCUGCUCCCAAACUGGCUGCACUAUUAUUUAAUUGUCAUUUCUUUGCAGCA